UGUUUGUUGAUUAAUUGUUACCAUUUCCCCUAUUUUUAUUGGACUCAGAUCCACUGAUCUGCGCAAGGGUUCUUUGUAAUUUAUGUGAAAAAUUGAAUCUUUUGCCUUCCGCUCCCUUUCUUUUUGUUGCUUUUCUUGUGGGUCAGGAUAAAUAUCACAAAAUUUCUUUGAUAUUUUCCAUUAAGUUAAGAUCGCCCUAACGCCUCUUUGUUUGUCAUCUCGGAAGGUUUAUGGUAAAGGAGAUGCGUGAUAUAUCAAUUGUGGGUUUUCUCGUGACAAGCUAAAUAGAGUCCUGUUGUAUCCAGAGGGCUUAAUUUGGUUGCGUUCUCAAUUUUAUUGCUGAUAUUUUUCUGGAUUUGUUUAUGAAGGAAUUGGAUCUAUGGAAUCCUCCAAGGAGACUGGCUGCCAAGCUCGAGAAGGCCCAAUUCUUUGCAUCAACAACUGCGGUUUCUUCGGCAGUGCUGCUACGAUGAAUAUGUGCUCCAAGUGCCAUAAAGACAUGGUCUUGAAACAGCAGCAGGCCCAGUUUGCUGCCGCAUCCAUCGAGAACAUGGUCAAUGGCAGCAGCUCAAGCAGCAAUUUGAUCGAGCCUCUUACGGCUGAUGUGGUGAACGUGAAGGCUGAGCCAGUUGUAUUAAAAACUGACGCUCCUCAACUGACCCCUGAUGUGGCAUCAAGCCAGAGCCCGGAGCCUAAGCCAAAGGAGGGGCCAAACAGGUGCACUACUUGCCGCAAGCGCGUGGGAUUGACCGGAUUCAGCUGUAGGUGUGGGGACCUUUUCUGCUCGGUCCAUCGCUACUCGGACAAACAUGAGUGCCCGUUCGACUACCGGUCGGCUGCUCAGGACGCCAUAGCAAAGGCGAACCCGCUCGUUAAAGCUGAUAAGCUGGACAAGAUCUGAAAGGUCACUGGGCCAUAGUAUGAUAAUUUGCUAUCUUUAAAAUGUCAGUGGUUCGUCAUGGUCUCUAGACUUGUGUUGGGUGGUGUAGGGAGGAAAGAAGGGAAGGGGAGGGUUGAUGGUGAUUGUGGGUUGUUGCAUAUUCUAGAGUCGUGCUUCAAUUGGCUAGGGUUACUUUGGUUUGGUUGCAGUGUGCAAGUUGUUAUUUGCUGGCUUUGUUGAAUAACAUUAUUGUGGAAUUUGUAAGUUGCCCAUCUUUUUCA